AUGAUAAGAGUCACUGAUCGAGACAGCCCCAGAGUAUAUACUGCCAUACUAAGCUCAAAAACAAAGCUGACACCACUGGGCAAGAAGAGAAGUCUGCCGGAGCUGGAACUAAUGGCAGCGCUCAUUACAGCAAGAUUGACUCGGAGCGUGGAAAGGGAACUAAAAUUACCGAUAGAGGAUGUUCAUUGCUGGACGGACUCGGAGAUCGUCCUUUCAUGGCUAAGAAAACCACCAUACACCUGGCAGACGUUUGUAGCUAAUCGAGUUAGUGAGAUCCAGGCUUUGGUCGAGCCGAGCAGAUGGGGACACAUCCCGGGAAGGAUCAAUCCAGCGGACCUGUGUUCCAGAGGAUGCAGUGUAGAAACGCUUGUGAAUUCCCAGUUAUGGUGGGAGGGGCCAGGAUUCCUCCGCCUCGAAAAGGAAGAGUGGCCCAAGCAAAAACCAGUCAGCCAGGAAGUCACUGAGGAGGCUGACACUAAGAAGAAGACAGCUACUUCGAAAGCCUACACACCUGCCAAUGUUGUCCAAAAGGGACAAAAGAAAGACGAGGAUGAAAGGGAGAAAUUGAUCGAGAAAUUUGAAAGAUACAACAAGUUCCUGAGAAUCAUGGCCGUGUGCAGGAGUUGGGUAAAGAAGUACAGAGGCAGAAAGAAAAUAACCCAAGAUAAUGAGGAUCAAACAGACAACAAUGCUCUAGUGGAUAUAUCACCGAUCAGAGAAGAGGAGCUCAUAUGGUUGAGAUGGGAGCAGGAAAAGUCUUUUUCUGAAGAGAUAAAAGCAGUCAGGGCCAAGAAACCUCUAGCAGAAAAGAGCAAACUUAAAUCCCUGGAUCCUGUGUGGGAUGAGGAAACUGGUCUACUGUGUGUUGGGGGGAGACUGCAGCACUCCUUACUCCCUGACGAAGCAAAACAUCCCAUAAUACUGCCUACCCAUAGCAAGCUAGUGGAGAAGAUCAUACAGCACUACCACUACCUUCACUUUCAUACCGGAGUUGUACAGACUCUGUCCAAUAUGAGGAGCAGAUUUUGGGUACUUCAUGGAAGACAAGAGCUUAGGAGGGUAUUGCCAUGCAAACAUUGCAGAGAAGCAUGGAAAUUAGAACAAAAGAUGGCACCACUGCCUGAGGAGAGAGUGACUGUAGCUCAGAGUUUCAGUAGAGUUGGAUGCGACUAUGCUGGACCUUUGUAUGUCAAGGUGUGUAAAGGACCUAAUGCCAAGGCAUACAUACUGAUCUUCACCUGUAUGGUAACCAGAGCAGUUCACCUGGAGCUGACCUCAGACAUGACUGCAGUGGAAUUUCUUCAAGGGCUCAGAAGGAUGAUGAACCAUAGAGGAAAAUGUCGGAUAAUGUACUCGGACAACGCGCAAACCUUUAAAGCCUCUUCCAAAGUGUUGCAUCGCAUGUUUGAUUUGGAAAACAAGCUGGCUGUCAGAGACAAGUUGAAACUUGAGGGCAUUGAUUGGAGGUUCAUUACCCCAAGAGCGCCGUGGAAGGGAGGAUUCUAUGAACGUCUAGUUCAAAGUGCGAAGAGAGCACUGAAGAAGAUCCUGAAGAAGGUGACCUUGACCUUCAAUGAGAUGCAGACAGUGUUGACAGAUGUAGAAGCCCAGAUUAACUCCCGACCACUGUGUGAUGUUUCAGCGGAUAAGCAAGACCCCUUACCACUGACGCCUGGACAUCUGGUCACUGGGAGAAAUCUUCAGCUACUUCCCAGUGUGAGGAAACCUGAGAACACACUUGAACGCAAUUGGGUGCUUCAGCAGAGAAUUCAGAAGAUGUUCUGGAAACGAUGGUCCAGUGAAUAUCUGGCUGGACUUCAGAUGAAAAGAAAGUGGAUGGAAGCAAAAGACAAUCUCCAAGUGGAUGAUGUCGUGCUUGUUGCAGAGGACAACUUGAGGAAACUGGAUUGGUGUCUCGGACGAGUAGUCGCUGUACAUCCUGGUCGUGAUGACUUGGUGCGAUCUGUUACUCUCAAGACCAAGAAGGGACUGAUGAGAAGGCCAAUUCAGAAGCUUAGAAUGUUGGAGACUAGGACUGACCAGUCUGACUCUGAGGAGUCUGUUGACCAUGAUGAUAACUAA